AUGGCGGCGCUCGGUACAGCACGGUGCUUAUUUCGGAGCUACUCUCGGGUCAAAAAUGUUGAAAAGAGCAGGCAAAUGCUGGUUAAAUGUGGCGCCAGGACGCUCUGUAGUGGAGCACAAGACAACGCCCUCUCAGACAAUGCAAAGCCACAGUUCACAGACCCAGCUGUUCAGGACAUCCUCAACAGGAUAACUGGCCUGGACCUACAGAAAGUGUUCCGACCAAUUAAAAAGGAGCUGAAGCCACCCACAUAUAAACUCAUGACAGACAAGCAACUGGAGGAGGCCACAGAGUUCGCUAUAGAGCAGGCAAAGAAGCUGCUGAAAAUGCCACCCGUCCUGCCAGAGAGGAAGCCCAUCAGUGAUGUGCUGUCUGAGGACACAAUCCUGGAUGGCAUUGAAACAGCAAAACUUGUUUUCACAGACAUCACUUACACCAUCCCACACAGGGAGAGGUUCAUUGUGGUCAGGGAGCCAAACGGGAUCUUGAGGAAGGCAAAUUGGGAUGAGAGAGACCGGCUUAUUCAAGUAUACUUCCCCAAGGAGGGACGAAAACUCACUCCACCUCUCAUCUUCAAGGAAGAAAACCUGAAGAUGGUGUUUUCCCAAGACCGCCAUGAGGACGUGUUGGACUUGUGUCAGGUCCAAUUUGAACCCGACUCCUCAGAAUACAUCAGGGUACAUAAAGCAACCUAUGAGGACCUGGACAAACACGGCAAAUUUGAUCUGCUGCGCUCCACCAGGCAUUUUGGAGGCAUGGCCUGGUACCUGCUCAAUACUCGCAGGGUGGAUGGUCUUAUAGUGGACAUGCUGAAGAGAGAGCUGGUCCAGGAUGCGCUGAGCCUUGUGUCCCUGUUUCACAUGGUCCACCCCCACAGUGAGUCAGCCCAGGAAGCUGCCGACCAGCAGGCCACUGGCAUCAGCCUACUGAAGAUCUAUGCUCAGAAGGAGUCCCAGAGGUCAGGAUACAUUGAGCUGGCCCUGCAGGCGUAUGAACAGAUGGAUGCUGAGACCUCUGCUGCCUGACGGCCCCACUUUUAAAUAGCUAUAUAUCAAUUCUUGAGGCAGAAGUUGUAUCCAUAUCCAGGGGAAGGGACUGAAAAUGGCCUCUAAUAAAAGGAAAAAGAGCAACUUUUUGUUUUCUCACUGUUAGGGUGGAUACUGACACAUGCUCCUUGCCUUUAUUUUCAACAGUAAGUGGCCUGAAGACUUUGCUUUGACACUGAACAUUAGAUGCACAAAGGUCCUUGGAGCUGAAUUCCAAUAAAACUGUCAAUGUCAAAGAUGUGUUAUUUGGAAUGAUGUACAUAACAAAAUAAAGAUCUUUGUACUGUGUGAA